AUGUCCAACCCGUUACUUUUUACAACUUUUUUUAAUAUUCCUGUUAAUGCCACAUGGGCACAGAACGGUGUGACUAUUGCUGGAGGUCACGGGGAAGGGGGUGCUACUAAUCAACUCAACUACCCUCAUGGUCUCUUCGUUGAUGAUGAUCAAACAGUGGUUAUUGCUGACUUCAGGAAUGAUCGUAUCAUGCAAUGGAAGAAUGGUGAUACAACGAAUGGACAAGUUGUUGCUGGUGGUAAUGGCGAAGGAAAUGGAUUACAUCAAUUGAAUGGUCCACGAGAUGUCUUAAUUGACAAAGAGACGGAUAGUCUCAUUAUUUGCGAUCGAGGGAAUACACGAGUUGUAAGAUGGUCUCGUCGUAGUGGUACAACACAAGUAUAG